AUGGAAGAAGAAACCUCUUCUGCUGCUUUAGUAGAACAGAACCUCGAGCAUCAGAGGGGAGAUCAGAUUGUUGAUCAAGAGACUACUAUUAAUAGUUCACCUGACUUGCCUCUUUGCAUACACCUCCUACUCUUCCUCUUUGAGAUCAGCAUCCUCAUGAUGAUAACUGGCCACAGAAUGAUGUUGGAACCACGAUACAAUUUUUGGUCAAGAGAUUGCUGUAACAAUGUCUGUUCAUCAGUAUUCUAUUUCAGUGCUGUCAAUCGUGGUAAGGAUUUAAAAUACUCACGAGUGCUAACUGAUGUCGGUGACGUCCCUAUUCAAGAAAUUCGAGAUUGUGGCGUAGAUGAUAAAAGAUUGAUGAGUGUCAUUGGCGAAUCUGUCAAGUUAGUGAUGGAAGAGGCUCCUCUAAGACCCUUAGUUUUAGGUGGUGAUCACUCAAUAUCAUUUCCAGUUAUUAGAGCUGUCUCGGAGAAGCUUGGAGGACCAGUUGAUGUUCUUCAUAUUGAUGCGCAUCCUGACAACUAUGAUGCAUUUGAAGGGAACAUUUAUUCGCAUGCUUCUUCCUUUGCUCGUGUCAUGGAGGGUGACUAUGUUCGGCGACUCUUGCAGGUUGGUAUUCGAUCAAUAACAGCUGAAGGACGUGCACAAGCAAAAAUAAGAUCAAUCCUCCGAACAACCACCCUCCCUCAACCAUCUUCUCUUCUAACCCACCUCCGUCUCAUGAGCAACCUCCCAGAAAACACCGUCUAUUCAGGCCCAACCCCUCAAACCCAAAGGGUCACACUUUCACAACUCCGACAGAAACAUAAAAACUCACAACCCAUUACUAUGGUCACUGCUUAUGAUUACCCUUCUACUGUUCACCUCGAUAUGGCCGCCAUUGAUAUCUGUCUUGUGGGUGAUUCUGCUUCCAUGGUUGUUCAUGGUCAUGAUACUACUUUGCCUAUUACUUUGGAUGAAAUGCUUGUUCAUUGUCGUGCCGUUGCUCGUGGGGCUAAGACUCCUCUUCUUGUUGGGGAUUUGCCUUUUGGAACGUAUGAGUGUAGUUCUAAACAGGCAGUUGAUACGGCAGUUCGGAUUUUGAAAGAAGGACGAAUGGAUGCCAUAAAAUUGGAAGGAGGUUCACCUUCAAGAAUUGUUGCAGCAAAAGCUAUUGUCGAAGCUGGAAUAGCUGUGAUUGGGCAUGUUGGUCUUACACCACAGGCCAUUAGUGUUUUAGGUGGAUUUAGGCCUCAGGGAAGAAAUGUUGCUAGUGCUGUCAAGGUCGAUAUUUCUAUUCUCUCACGCAUGAUGCAACUAUUUUUGUAUUUGAAAACAAAAUUUGCUCCGGGAGUGUCUCAUAUUGAACCGGGAGGUCUUUCUUUCCGCGAUGUUCUUAACAUCCUACACAAUCUUCAAGGUGAUGUUGUUGCUGGAGACGUCGUUGAACUCAACCCACAACGCGAUACUGUUGAUGGAAUGACUGCUAUGGUAGCUGCUAAGUUGGUCAGAGAAAUGGAUGCAAAGAUUGCAAAAUGA